AUGCCCCCUUUAACUCCCAUUCUCGUGUUGGACUUUGAUGGUACCAUUACGACAAAGGAUACGAUUGGUACAUUGGCAGAAAUCGGCCUCCAAUUCCAGCAGCAGCGCGGGGUUGAUCUCUCUUCAAAAUGGCAGCAGAUCCUGCUAGAUUACAGCAAAGACCAUGCCAACCAUGUGUCCACGUAUCUUCCAAUCGCAGAUGACAGAUCCUCGCUCAAAGACGAGCUCGCCUUCUUGCGGGGUCUGAAGGAGGUUGAAAUGCUAUCAGUCCAGAGAGUCGAGAGCUCAGGCAUCUUCCGGGGCAUCGGCCUGGAAUAUCUUACACUUGCCGGUGAAACUUGUCGAAAGGAAGGGAGAGUCAAGUUAAGGGAUGGUUUUGCGGAGCUCAUGAAUGCUGCCAGAGAGAAGGGCUGGUCCGUCGCAGUAGUCUCCGUCAACUGGUCUAGAUCAUUCAUCAAGGGUGUCCUCUCAGACUAUAGCGUCGACGUUGUCGCUAAUGAGAUCGAGCUGAACGGAAGCAUCUCAGGGCCGGAAAUAGCAGGCUCAUCAACAAGGCAGGCAUCUUUGAUGACGUGCGAGGAUAAGCUGCGAGCCCUUCGAACAUUGGCGGCUCGGCGAGGAGUAGAGGAUGUUGGGGCGCUGGUGUAUUUUGGCGACUCCACUACGGAUAUUGAGUGUCUUUUGGCAACCCGAGGAGUUGUGAUAUCGUCCAACGCCGAGUCGAGUUCGAUAUCGACUCUGAGGAGAAUAGGGUACCAAGUGCCAAAGGUGGAUAAUGUUCAGGCGCCCGGAGGCACAGCAUGGGCAUCAACCUUUGUAGAGGUUCUCGAAAGUGAAUACCUGUCUUUCAAGAAGUCCACAUAA